CAUCUCGUGUAAAUGUUUGUUGAGAAGACAUUGUAUGGCCUACUUGUUUUCUUCAUUGUUGUGGAUGGCUGGGGGUUCGCGUCAGCUUGCUCGGAGUCGAGAAGAAAGACGGUGGACUGAUGAACGUGCAUUCGAUCAUGGAACUUUUAGCGACUUGCAGCUUCCCUUCAUGAUUUAAAGUUAUUUGCGAGGUGCUCAAGCAGCCUUUAGCGGCUUUAGCGUGUGACCUGUUUUGUAGAGCCAUGGCAACUUGUGAUAGUCCAUGGCGGUAGCUGAAAGCUACACGGCCGAACAGAAUGAGGCCUGGCUCCGCCCAGAGAAUCAACACCUCAUGGCCCCGCCAUAUUUGUGUCCUGCCAUUUCGUGGUGGUGUGUACGCCAGACUGAUCAGGUCUGGUAUCACGACGACAUGGAUGAGUCUUCGUUGGCUCGUGCCAUCCAUGCGUCCACGAGCCCCCUGCGAGUGUUCCAAUCCCUUUGCAAGCGGCUGGUACAAGGUUCUGUACCACGGUUGUUCAGAAGGUUGCUUGGAGAUGGCCCGGCAAAGGUUGGCUUCUGAGGACUGUAAAGAUCGGCCCAUGGAUGACACAUGGAUUCAGAUGUGGGAUGACUAUUUGCCAACCCUUGCACAUGUCUUGGGUAGUGGCAUUUACCAAUCUUCAGCCAUACCUUACCUGGAAGCCUUAGUUGCAGCCAUGAAGCUGGGUGGAUGUGCUACCUUGAAGCAACCGCAGUUUCGGAACCUCAUUGGCACUCAAACCUCCUGGUGUGAGGGGGAUCCGGAGCUGGUGCGGCCGCUGGCCUGGACGUGUCCUGAAAGCUGUGAUUGCACAGCCGCCAACGGCACCUCCUUGCCCAGUUACUGUCCGCGGAGUUGCGCUGCGUGAGGAGCAACGGCGGACGAGGUCCCGCGGAGCAGCCCAGCGACAAAGCCGUGCUGUGUGGCGUUCACUGGGGGUUCACUAGCGCCAGAGAAGAGGAACUCGGAAAGAAAGAGGAUGCAAUUUUGCCGCCGUCGGGAGAAGCCUGGAUGGCACGGUUUUCGAGUG